GCUGUUUUAUUCUCUGCAUCAAAGAGGACGAAUAGACUCUAUCAAGCAAAGGCUUAAUUUGAAUAAACAGGAGACAGAGCCAAUGAGCCUGUGCUGAGUGCCACUUUGCUCUGACCUCGAAGUUACCAGUCAGCCCCGGUUCAUCCUGGAAGCCUAAACCUUGGCACCAUCACUUUUUGGAAAGUGCCAGUUUGUCGGAUUCUAUCCCGGCUACACCUCGCUACUCUCUGCAACCAGAUGCCCGCGCCCGUUCGGGGCAAUGCCCAGAUGGGUGAAGCUAAGGGCGAGGGCCCGCCCACUUUGCAAAUCUCUCGUCCCUCAUUGGUUUGGCUUCUGAUGCGGGCGGGGCAAGAGACUCCCGACGCGGUAUAAGGCAACGCUCAAACAAUGCAUUCUCCGAUCCUGGCUGGGUCGCUUUGUAAAAGAAAUUGGCGGCGGCUGCCGGGAGCAGGCGAAGGAACCGGAUUAAGGGGGAGGCGGGGGCGUCUCUGCAGUCCGGAUCGAAGGUCUACUUUCACGAGGAGCGCCCCCGUUUACCCGAGACGCUGUUUGAGCGCGCUUUGCCUCGCCAGCUUCCUGCUCCAUUCUUGCACGUGGGAAGGGGCGGCGGGUGGCCGGCGGGCCCCUCGUCCGUGCCCGGCGCGGAGCCGGCAAUGGAGCUGGACCCUCCUCACCAGCCCUACUUUUUCGAGGCCGACCCGCAGGCAGAGGACUUCCAUCCCUCCAGCGCGCCCAGCGAGGACAUCUGGAAGAAGUUCGAGCUGGUGCCCCCACCGCCCCUGCUGGGCGCCGGCCCGGCCCGCGAUGAUGCGGACUACCUGCUGGAGCCCGGCGGGCUGCUGGGCAACCUAAGCGCCUUCGUCCUGCGCGACUGCAUGUGGAGCGGCUUCUCGGCCCGGGAGCGCCUGGGCAAGGCGCUGACGGAGAAGUGGGCCGGAUCGGCCGCCGCCGCCAAGCCCUCUUUCGGGUCGGACUUGGGGCUAGGCGGCGAGUGCGUGGACCCCGCCGCCGUCUUACCCUGCCUCCUAGCCGACGGCAAAGUGCCGACCUCGUCCGGCUCGGAGAGCCCAAGCGAUUCGGAAGGGGAAGAAAUAGAUGUGGUGACGGUGGAGAAAAGGCAGUCGCUGGCGGUGAGGAAGCCGGUCACCAUCACAGUGCGGGCAGACCCCUCAGAUCCAUGCAUGAAAUGUUUCCACAUCUCAAUCCACCAGCAGCAACACAACUACGCAGCCCGCUCUCCUCCAGAAGCCUGCACCCAGCCGGCGAAGGAUGCUGAGGAGGAGGGGGAGGGUGCUGGCCCAGGAUCCCCAGGGCAAGUAGUGGAAAGUUUCUCCUCUUUCCUCCCCAAAUCUGGGAGUGCUCCCAGUUCGGACAGCGAGGAUGUGACCAAGCGGAAAAACCACAACUACCUGGAGCGCAAGCGGCGCAACGACCUUCGCUCACGUUUCCUGGCAUUGAGGGACCAGGUGCCUGGCCUUGCCAACUGCCCCAAAACCCCCAAAGUGGUGAUCUUGAGCAAAGCGUCCGAGUAUCUGCAGUCCCUCAUCAGCACGGAGCAGCAAAUGGUGGCAGAGAAGAAGUGGUUGAAACUGCAGCAGCAUCAGCUUCUGAAACAGAUUUCGUACCUCAGGGGGGUGCAUUAGAUGCCAAGGAUCCUACCCAGCUUACUUCUUGUGAUGGUGGUGGUGGUGAUGGUGGUCUCUUUCCACACUGCAGCUCCCAGAAUGCAUUUACAGCUGACACACACAACACAGCUUCCUGCCAUCCUGCUCCAGACGACGAGGAGUGCCUCCUCAGCUGUGUGCGCAAUAGCUGUGCUUUGAGACAGAACAAAAAUCUGGGUAAUAUCUUUUAUUAGGACCAACCGGAUUGACAAAACAUUUGUGCGAGCUUUGAUACUUACCGGAACUCUUCAUGAAGCUGGAUGUUACAAAACUUUUUUUUAAAAAUGGAGGGGUGGGAUGCUGUUGGAGGGUCUUGAGUCAACAGUUCUAAGCCUAGCUGUCAGCAAGAGGAAUGCAAGAUUUGUCCCCUGAGGGCACUUCUGUUUGCACAUAUCUCCUCCCUCCCCCAACCACUGAGGAGUGCUGUUUCCUUGUGGUCUCCGAUUGGCUAGAGGGUGUAUACAGAGGAAUACCAGAGCUGCAGUUUUUAAAGAAGGUUUGAAUCUCCUGGUUUUUCCCUAAUUCUGGGUACCUGCUAGGUAGAAGCUGUGACUGGUAUA